AUGGCCUUCACCAAAUUCAUCCUUCCGGCUCUCGCCAUUGCGAGCACCGUUCUCGCACAAACCAGCACUUCGGUCUGCGAUGGUCCUUCGAUCACCAUUGCCAGCAGCGCGGAUGCCUCACAAAUCGCCAGCUGCUCAACCUACAGCGGAGACGUUGUCAUUGAUUCCAGUGCUGCUGGUCAAAUCGCAAUCGACGGUGUUCAACAGAUCAAGGGUGACUUGACCUGCAACAAUGCCACCCAGCUGACUGCUAUCACAUCUGACCAACUUGGCACGAUCACUGGCACAUUCAGCUUGACUGGCCUCACAAUUCUGUCCACCCUUCAAUUCAACUCUCUCAACGCCGUCGACGUGAUUAACUGGGUCGGUCUCCCUGCUCUCCAGAGUCUGAACUUCAACCAGGGCGUGUCGGAAGCCAACGAGGUCUACAUUUCCAACACCGAGUUGAACAAUGUUGAUGGUAUCGAGUUGACCGCCGUGGGAACCCUGAACAUCAACAACAACCCAUAUCUCACCGAUGUCAAUGUCAAUGAUUUGGCCAAUGUCACCAGCUCCUUGUCAUUCUCCGCCAACGGCAAAGACCUUCAGAUCAGCUUCCCUAACCUCCAAGAUGCUGCCAACUUGACUUUCAUCAACGUUAGCAGUGUCGACAUGCCAUCACUUGCGACCGUUGGUGGUUCAAUGGGUUUCUACUCGGACACUAUCGAGAGCUUCGCCGCCCCCAACUUGACCACGACCGGCGGUACCUUGGCCUUUGUCGACUGCGGUUCCUUGUCCAACCUCUCUUUCCCAUCUCUCACUGAGAUUGGCGGUGGUUUCUUGCUGGCGAACAACUCCGACCUCAAGGCUAUUUCCGGCUUCCCCAAGCUGAAGACCGUUGUUGGUGCCAUUGACUUUGCAGGCACUUUCGGCAGUGUUGCUUUGCCAUCUCUGACCGAUGUCCGCGGUGGAUCCAACGUUCAGACCACAUCCACCAACACCACCAUUUGCGAUCUCUUCAACGAAGCUCACUCUGCCGGCGUCAUCAAGGGUGUCAACACUUGCAUCACUGACAAGGCAGACCCAGACACCAACGCAUCCUCCACCGGAGGUGGCUCUUCGAGCACCGCAACCAGCACCAGUUCAUCUAAGAGCGACGGAGUCACAUUCUAUCCCAGCACACUGACUGGUCUCGGCGCUUUCCUGGCCGCCAUCUUCUUCAUCUAA